CUUAAUCUUCUUCCUUUCUCAUGGCCAUAAGGAGCUGCGACUGCUCUCCGGCAUACAUAACUCAUCAGAAAUCCUCAAAGCCUCCACUCUCCAUCUAUCUUUCUCGCCUCUCUUCUGUAACAUUUCCUUCUUCUUCUUCUCCUCAAAAUCAUUUGGUUAUCACCUCCAAAUCCUCCCCUUCUCUUCUCCAACACACCUCCAAAGAUAUCCAAUUUCCUUCUGGCCCUCCAUUUCCCCCAUCUCUUCCCUUCCCUGACCUCCAAAUUUCUAACGAAUCCAUUGAUAACUUGUGCCAGAAUCCCCAGACUGAAGCUCUUGCCUUUACCCACUACCAGAAGGCAGCAGCUCAGCCUGGCUUUCGUUUGAAACCACAAACACUAAGUCUAAUCCUUAAAACUCUAGUCAGAAACAAACAAUGGAGCUCAAUCUCUGCUUUAUCAAAAGAAAUUCUUUUGCUGGAUGGCUUCCCAGAUAAGAUCACAUGCAGUAAGUUAAUUAGCAGUUGCAUUCGAGCUCGAAAGUUCAAGCUUGUUGAGAUCUUACUUGGUGUUCUCGAAACUAAGGGAGAUGUUGCAGUCUCAGCCUAUGUUGCUGCCAUGAAUGGCUACAAUAAACUCCACAUGUACAGAAGCACAGUUUUGGUUUUUAACAGAAUGAUUUCUCUGAAAGUUUCACCAAAUGUGAAGUGCUAUUACUUAAUCAUGGAUGCUCAUCGAAAGCUGAGUAACACCGAUAUGGUCCUUUCUCUCUUUCUCAACUUCAUUUCUGAGAAAAAAACAAGUUUGUCUGCCUCUGUUCAUAUCUAUUCAGUCCUGUGUGAUUCACUGGCAAAGUCUGGCAGAGCCUUGGAAGCCCUUAGAUAUUUCAGAGAAAUGAUUGAAAAAAGAAUUGCUCCAACACAUUCGUUAUAUGCUUCACUGAUCAGCUCAUUUGCAGGGAUCAAAGAUGCAGAGAAUGCUUGGGCUCUUUACCAAGAAGCAAAGGAGAAAGGGAUGGUGAAGGACCCAGAUAUGUUUCUGAAACUCAUACUGAUGUAUAUAGAAAUGGGUAUGCCAGAGAAGACCGUUGAGAUUGUGGAGGACAUGAUUGAGAUGAAGCUCAAAAUUACAGACUGCAUCUUUUCCACCAUUAUAAAUGGAUAUGCAAAAAAAAGAGGAUUUUGGGCGUCAAUCAAAUCAUAUGAGAAGCUGAAAUCUCUAGGAUGUGAGUCAGGUCAGGUAACCUAUGCUUUAAUCAUUAAUGUUUAUUGUCGCCUUGGUCUCCAUAGAAAUUCUGAGAACACAUUUUCUGAAAUGCUUGAGAGAGGAUUUGACAAAUGUGUGGUAGCUUACUCGAACAUGAUUUCUAUGUAUGGGAAGAAUGGAAGGGUUAGGGAUGCCAUGAGGUUGUUGGCGAAGAUGAAGGAGAAGGGGUGUGGGCCCAAUGUUUGGGUUUAUAAUUCUCUGUUGGAUAUGCAUGGGAGGCUCCUCAAUCUUGGGAAGGUUGAGAAAUUAUGGAAGGAGAUGGAAAGGAGAGGAAUUGAACCAGAUAGGAUAAGUUAUACAAGCAUAAUAUGUGCAUACAACAAGGCUGGAAAGUUUGAGGAAUGUAUAAAGUUUUAUGAUCAGUAUAAAAUGAAAGGUGGGAUGGCAGAUAAGGUGUUGGGUGGGAUUAUGGUUGGAGUUUACGCUAAGAUUAACAAAAUUGAUGAUUUGGUUAAGUUGCUUAAGGAUAUGAAAGUGCAUGGAGCAAGGUUUGAUGGAAGAUUGUACAGGUCUGCACUGAAUGCUUUGCGUGAUUCAGGGCUCCUGGUUCAUGUGAAGUGGGUAGAAGAAAAUUUUGGCUGUGAGAUUGAAAAAACUUGAUUAGUAUGAUGAGUUCGGAAUGUAUAAGGUUGUAAAAAAUUUCAUCUUUUUGCAAUGUUGACUGAUAUUCUUUUGCAAAACUGAACUUUGGCUUUGAACUGAGGAAGUUAUCAAAUGAUCUCAGCAAAGAGUUGGGAAGGUUCAUUUAGGAAUUCUCUCAUUUACAAAUAUGGCUUGGAUUGAAAUGCUUCGUUGGGCUUUUAUCAGAGAAGACAGCAAAAAAUGGCAGAGUUUUACUUCAGGAGGUGAAUUAUACUGUAGAACUAUGUUAUAAUUUUUUUAUUUUUGAUGUGAUAUGAAAGAU